AUGUGGUUGUCCGAGUCUAGACUUUCUUUUGCUAUCUUUGCCUGGUCGGCUGUUCUGGGCACUACGUUACUAAUCCAGCGAGAGAGUCUGAAAAGAUGUUCAUUAUGGGUUAGUCUAAUCCUGCUUAGUAGAGCAUUGGAUUUAGCCGAACUGUUUUCUACCCUGUUUAUCACCCUCACUGCCCGGACUAGAAAGUAUCUCAAAGGUUGUUUAUUACUGGUCACAGCCGCACUUAGUCUUUGUUUACUAGUUGGUUAUGGGAGGGAGCCUAAGUGGUCAGUAUUGGGGAUGAUUUUUACGAUAGUUUAUGUUCUUUUAUCUAUUGGAGCACCAGUUUUGUACAUUAUCAAAUGGGUGUACAAAUCAAGACGCCGAACGGCUCUUAAAAAGACACCAGUGAUCAAAAGAAGGUUUGGGAAAGAGAUAAGACUACCUUCAAUUGCCGUUAGUACGGAACUAAGACAUCUUAGAACCAAGACCGAUUUUGUGAUUAAUGGGGUCGUGUAUAUCAGAAAGGGAGAAACAGUCGAGUUACUAAGGACGAUUGGAUCGUACUAUUCAGUAAGAAACUCAACCGGCACCGAGUACAUUGUUCCUAAAGCCAAUUUCUUCUAG